UCCUGCAUAUCUUUAUAACCACUUUUACUAUCUUCCAACAAUGAGCUUCAAUCAACCAUGGGACUGCAGCCGCCAGUAUGACGUUGGCCAGGUUGUCGAGUACCAAGGUCGUCAUUAUGAGGUUGUUCAAGAGCAUCGUUCCCAGUCUGACUGGAACCCUGAAUCUGCCCCCUCUCUCUGGAAAGAGCACCAUGGUCAUCAUGGACACCACGGCCAUCAACAAGAGGGUCAACACCAUCAGAACAACGACAAUGACAGAUAUGGUAACAAUAACCAGUAUGGUAGUAUCAAUCCUUCUCAGAAUUACAAUCCACCUGCUACCGGUGCCAUGUAUGGUCAGAACCAGAGCCAGCCAGCUUACAUGCAGACCCCUGGCGGUGUUGGGGGUAUGAACCAGCAAUCUACUUACCAGCAGCAAUCUACUUACCAGCAGCAAUCUGCCUAUCAACAGCAAUCUGCCUAUCAACAGCAAUCCUCCUACGAGAAAACUCAAGAUUCUGAAAAGUCUGGUAUUGCCUCUAUGCUUCCCCAGAGUAUGCAGGGAAUGUCCAACCUUGAGUUGGGUGGAAUUGCUGCUGGCGGUAUUCUUGGUAUUGCUGGCUUGGCUGGGGCUGUGGCUUAUGGUGUUGGUCAGCACAAACAGAACAAGUCUGAACAUGCCUCUCGUUCUGCUUGGGAGAGUGAGGCCCGUACUCGAGGUCAGCACUACAUGCAGGCUCUUGGCUCUGGCCAGCCUGUGCCUCCUGUAGCUUGGGUUUUGACCGAGGGUUCUAGCAUUCCUCAGAAUGCUAUACAGGGUGGCAAUGAACGUGACGGUUCACCCAUCUACAUUACUCGCACCUGGCACGAAAACUCGAUCCAUGUUGGCAAGAUGAUUCGUUCCUGGUCCAAGGGCUGCUCCAUCUCGUAUGGUGGAAAGGAGAUCAGCAAUAUUCCUACUUAUGAGAUUCUCUGUGGUGAUAUGCGUGCUAUUCGCUGGAAUGACGCUUCUGGCCCAUUGAACCCUGCAAGCCAUCGUGGUCUGGUUGAUGGUGGUCGUGAAGCUAAUGGUCAGCCCAUUUUUGUUGCCCAAGCCUUUUACGAAGGUGGUGUUCAGAUUGGCAAAGCUGCUACUGGAAACCACAACGGAUGCUACAUUGGCUAUGGCGGCAAGGAAAUUUGCAUUUCCAACUACAAGGUGCUUUGCUUGAACUAAAAACUGCUGUUUGAAUGAAAUAACACUCGAUUAUGUUGUUGUCUAUCCAUG